AUAACUUGUUGCAGCCCGCCCAUCAUGAUCAACUGGCCUGAGAAAUUGUAUUAUAUUUGCUCUCUGGAUUAUUAUAAAAGACUGCUGGAGGUCGAGGUUAUCAUGAAGGACCAUAAAAACAAUGAAACUCAUCUAAGUUGUUCUAACUUUCAAGAUGAGACAUCACAGGUGGCGAGAAAAGUGGUAUGUUGGUCAUCGUAAUUUUAUUUACUGAACAGGAACAGGAUACUCGAUGAAUAGCCAAAAUAAAGUACUUAACGAAAACAAUAAGUGAGUAUCUGAGAUGGAGAUUACUCUCUGGGAUACUUGGUUCUUCUUCUUUCAGUUUUUCGUUUAACAGGAAUAGGCAAUGCAUGUACAGCCACACACUUCUCAGGAGCAGGAUAGGGAUAUGCAGCAUGUACUAAGUAGGAGAAGUAGGAAUGUAGAACCACACUGUCGCUGUACUAGUCGUGAAGGUGAUCCUUUC